GCGUCAAUAGAAGGAAGAAGCUUACCCAGCACCAACACAAGAAGGGAUUCUGAAUGGAAACUACGAGCUUUAAAACCCUAAACGCCAUAACCUCUUUAUCCUUCCAUUUCCGUUCAAGAGCUCUUCUGUUGCGUCCCCUUUAUUUGGCCCAAUUCAAGAAGAGACAUUUUUGCUCUUCUCUUUCUAUCUCCCAACGCUUCUCCGCACUUUGUUCUGUGUCUGAAAGAGGAAAUGGGAAUUCGUUGCCACAUGGAAUUGGUGAAGCUGUUAGUGAAGUCUCAAGAAAUAAGCUUCUUCAAGUGGUAUUAGUGUCUCCUCAGAUUCCAGGAAACACAGGUUGCAUUGCCAGAACAUGUGCGGCUUCAGCUGUUGGACUACACUUAGUUGGGCCCUUAGGAUUCCAAGUUGAUGACACAAAAUUGAAGCGUGCUGGGCUGGAUUACUGGCCAUACGUUGUUGUGAAAGUUCAUGACUCUUGGGCUGAGUUUCGAGACUACUUCAGGCAGCAGGAAGGUGAUAAGCGUUUACUAGCAUUUACCAAGAGGGGAAAAGCCACUCAUUCAGAGUUCUCUUAUAGGAAAGGUGAUUAUCUCUUAUUCGGCUCAGAAACACGCGGCCUACCACCUGAAGCUUUGCUGGACUGUGAAAAUGAAUCGAUUGGUGGGGGUACCAUUCGGAUUCCGAUGGUUGAAACCUAUGUUAGAUGUCUGAAUCUCUCUGUGAGUGUUGGCAUUGCUUUGUAUGAAGCUUCAAGACAGUUGAACUAUGAGCAGCUUAAAUUUCCUUCAGAAACUUGUAUAGAUAAUGAGAAAUCAUUUAUUACUGAAGAUAUUUUUGCUUGACAAAAGUUGCAUUUUUUUUAUCAUGCUAUCAUUUUCAAUCUUCUACCAUACACAUUAUUUAUCAUGUAUUGAUGUAAUACAAGUAAUUAAUUAAUAAUUAAUUAAUUAUGGUGAGGCAA